AUGGUUAGAAAACCUCUCAUGCUGACCAUUUGCUGCUUUAACGAUAACGCACACAAUCAAUCUAUCUAUCUAUCUAUCUAUCUAUCUAUCUAUCUAUCUAUCUAUCUAUCUAUCUAUCUGUAUUGUAACUCCGCUUUCGCCCCUGUCUGUUUUAUCAAUGUAAAUAAAUCUAUCUAUCUAUCUAUUUAUCUAUCUAUCUAUCUAUCUAUCUAUCUAUUUGUUGGUCUCAUCUUUUCAUAUCUAUCUAUCUAUCUAUCUAUCUAUCUAUCUAUCUAUCUAUCUAUCUAUCUAUCCUCACGGGUUGACAUGGGAACUGAAUUCCAAGUCACCAGUUGCAGAUCUCAUAAAAUGCCUCUUCUUUCUUUCUUUCUUUCUUUCUUUCUUUCUUUCUUUCUUUCUUUCUUUCUCUAUCUAUCUAUCUAUCUAUCUAUCUAUCUAUCUAUCUAUCUAUCUAUCUAUCUAUCUAUCUAUCUAUCUUUGUACUUGUAG